CAAUCUCGUGCAGUCAUCUUCGUGGUCCUCGCUUAGUCGGUGCCCAGAACAUUGCUCGCAUUCACCACGCCCUCAGCUAAAUACCCAGAACACAUAAACACACACCUACAUAACACAGGUUCCUUCUCCCCCUGCAGCACCUCACCUAAGACACACACAAACCCAACUCAGAACAAAUACAAAUCUUUCGAGAAUUGAGAGGCGAGCGAAAACGAGACAAAAAAAUAUCGAAGCAGUGAGAAUAAGGUUUUCCCAAUCCCGAAGAAGGAUCACAGGCCUCUCUCGCACCACCAUGAAGAGCCACAACUCCCCAUCCUGCCUCCUGCUGCUCUUCUUCGUCUCUGUCAGCCUUCUCCCCUGCCUCGCCAUCAGUAGACAGGACACCUACAGGCAGUACGCAGACAUGCCCACGGCGCAGGAGGAGGGGGAGAGGGAGUCUGGGCGAGACGGGACGCAUUACGGGAGUGGUUUCGGGCCGCAGGAAGUGCAGCCCGUCGCCAGGUGCCGCCAUAACUACCACAAGAGGACCGAAGCGGCGAUCAACAGGCAAAUCAACUUGUUCCUCCACGUCGGUUAUGUGUACAGCAGCAUGGCUCACCACUUCGGCAGCUGCGACGUGUCUCUUCCAGGGUUCGAGAAGUUUUUCCAGCAGAUGGCGGAUGAUCAGCAGGUGCGGGCCGGAACACUGUCGAAGUACCAGAGCAUGCGUGGCGGUGUCGUGACCAUGAUGCCUGUGUCCGCCCCCGCUACGACCAACUGGGGCACGGGACUCGAGGCCAUGCAGAAGGCGCUGGAUCUGGAGAAGUCCGUGAACCAGGCAUUGCUGGAGCUCCACCUGGUGGCUCAGCAGCACGAGGACACCCACGCAUCCACCUUCGUCCAGACCAGCUUCCUCAACACGCAGGUAGAGAAGAUCUUCACUCUGAGUCAGUACGUCACGAGCCUGGAGCGGGUCGGCCCGGGGCUCGGCGAGUACCUCUUCGACAAGCUGCCUCAAAACUAAGCUCCUGUAGGGUCAUGCAAGCCUUCCAUUCUCCCCAGCUGGACCCCCAAACUUAACUGUGAUCUGGACUCGCUACCCACAAACUUAAGUGUUGCAAGCUUCACAUGGAGUAUUGCAAGCUUUGAAGGGAGUACUGCAAGCUUCAAAAGGAGUAUUGUAAGAUUCUAAUGGUGUUGUAAUCUUCAGGAGUAUUGCAAGCUUCAAAUGAAAUGUUAGAAGCGGAGAGUCAUUACAGGAAACAACCAUAGGCAUUCGUCACCGCCCCGCCCCGCCCCGCCCCGCUCCGCCCCGCCCCGCCCCAUCCCGUCCCACCCUGCCUCGCCGUGCCUCACCUGCCACUUCACCACUCCUCGCCCCCAGCAGUCCUGAUCCACCUAAUGUAUUCCAGCGCACUCCAUCCUGUUCGCCACGCCCUGGAUAAGCCUGCCAUGCUUUCAGGUUUCUCCAUAAGUCGUAUCGCCACAUCAGCGCCGCAACCCAGCUGACACACACAUACACAGAAUCCUACUCAAGCUCUACACCAUGUAACUAGAUAAAUACUACUAACUAAUUUAGAAUACAGCCUUUAUUUUUUUUUCAUUGUAUAAUACUUAGCUUAUCAACCCUCACACACACACACACACACACACACACACACACACACACACACGUACACACAAUAGCAGCCUCCAGUCGCUCUAAACACCGUCAUCCAUCUCGUCUCCUUCCGCUUCAAGCUUCAAAAUAAAAAUGUAUCGAUGUGUCUCGCGAGUGUGUGUGUGUGUGUGUGUGUGUGUGUGUGUGUGUGUGUGUGUGUGUGUGUGUGUGUGUGUGUGUGUCCCCGUUACCCUGAAUACAUUAUUACGUUUUUGAGAAGAUGACAGAGUUUAUUUAAUAUAUUUCUACCAAUAUUUGGAGGUAUUUUCUUCAAUUAAAUAAUAUAAAA